AUUUGGAAUAUAAACAAGAGUUUUGUUUUGUGUGUUUUAUAUUUUAAGUAAAAUGUAAAAGUGUGUAGUUUUCUAAAGUUUUUCAUUUUGGUGAUGUCUCAUGGGUCUUUUCAUGAGUCUGUAUUCGGGUGUCCGGGUGUAAAUUUGCAUUUUAACUGUUGUUCAUUGAGAGUUAAUUGUGUUGCUACUGUAAUCCCUUUGAUCUGCGCACCAAACGCUUGUGUGAUUGACGCGUCUGCGGCGCCAGCGGCUCCCCAGGUCAUCAGGAUUCAGUGUUCAUACAAAAACCAUUUGAGCUACAUUCACCAUCACCAUUGUCUUUAUGCAAAAUCAACCAAGCAUUUCACUUUUGGUAUUGAAUGAGUAUUUACUCCACAUAACUCAACGACGCCACAUAAAAACGGUAAACUUCUACAAUAUUUUGGUUGCUGGAUAUUUAACUUUAUCAAUCAUCAAAAUUAACAAUGUGAUCAACCUUAAUGCGUAACAAAACGCAAAAUAAUGUCUUGUUUUAAUCUGAAGUCAACAUUUGUAGGCCUAGUUUAGCACUGUGAACUUAAAAAAUACAAAUCACAUGACACGAAAAGUUGAUUGAUGGUUGAAAUAUAAUUUAUAAAAAAUUAUAGAGUAUUUAUUUAUUUUCUGACAUGUUGCAUAUUUAAGAUAAGAGUUUGCUUGAACAUUACAGUUUUACUCGUUUUUCUAGCAUUUUGAGUUUCCCCGUGCAUUUUAAACAUAACCGCGCCAUGCAUCCAGUUGUUCUGACGCUGCGUCUUUGUUUGGAGAGGAUGCAGACACCUGGAUGAGACAGAGGUUCUCACAGACAAGCUGGCGCCAGUUCUUCACACAAUCACAGGAUAUGUAAAGACUUCAAUAACGACCCAUUAGGCCUAAUGAUUGAGAAUCGAUCGGGCGUUAACGCGCCAUGCAUAUGUUAAUGUGAUCCUGGGACGCGCUAUAUAUAGGAAGCUCACUCUGAAGGCCUGACACACAGUCUUGGAUUGUACUCGGAUAAGACACGCUUGCUUUUACUCAGACAGCAGCAAUCAUGGUGAAGAACUUUUCUGUGGACUGGCUCGCUCAAAGCUUUCACGACUCAGCGCCUCAGGAAGAUUCAGAACCAGAGAAAAAGCGCCUCAGGCCUCACAUGCCCUGUUUGGCUCAACCAAGACCUCCAACUUCUUACGACAAGGUUUACUUACAGGCCAAACCAAAAGUCACAGCUAAAGUCCAGCAGCAAAAACAAGAAGACACAAGCGUACCAAAGGAGAAAGAGGUCUCAGUUGCGCCAAGAACCUGUUCGUCUCCAAGCUUUUCAGAAAAUAGCGAAUACUCAUCUGGAUAUGAAAGCGAAACGGCCGCGUCUGAAUGCGCAUCUGUUGAUGGACACGACCUGGAAAAAGAGGCCGUGGCGCGCCGAAUCAGAACCAAAUUCACUCCAGAUCAGAUCGACAAGCUUGAGAAAAUCUUCAACAAACACAAAUACCUGGACGCAGGGGAGAGAAUUAAAACUGCGCUAAAGCUCAGUCUAUCUGAAACACAGGUCAGAACCUGGUUCCAAAACCGUCGGAUGAAGUUAAAGCGUGAAGUGCAGGAGAUGCAGGCGGAUUGUUUUCAGUUUCCAGCUGUGCCACAAAUGCUUCUGCCGGUUCAAUAUCACUAUCACGACAGACAACGACUUCCCUUUCCUCCACAAACCUUGAUGCAUCAAAUGAGCAGCGCUCAACACAUCAUUCUUCCUCACCAUCAUCAUCAUCUCAUGAUGCCUGGCCAGCAUUACUACUGAAAGACUUUUCCCAUAAAUUAAAACACUUACAUCACAUUUGGUGUGCAAUAUAUGUACAGUUAUGCUUUGUAUUAAAUACAGUAAAGUAAAAAUGUUUAAUUUUAAAAAUGAUUAAAAGAAGAGUUUAUUUAUUGUCAGAAAUAAAGUAUGUUUUAUUGCAAGUUUGCUUUCUGGUCUUAUGUUGUUCAAGUUGAACUGUGAGAGGUUAAAGUUUGAAGCUGAUCACAUUUGAAGUCUCUAGAUAACACCAGCUGUUCAAAGACAUUUUAUCUUAAUCAAUUUCCUUUGAAAAAAAAGAUAAUGUUUUAUUUAGGGGAUCUUGUGUUUUGAGAACCUUAUUACAUCACAUUUAUAAAAUAAAAAUAAAUAAAGAUAUUUAGCUGCCCUUUAUUUUUGAGUAUAAUCAUAAGUUAUUUAAAGUUACUAUUUUAGAUUUUGACUUUUUAGCCUAUAUAUUAAUUAAAAAAAAGAUGAAAUUGCUUAACUUAAGUUAAAUUAAAAACAUAUGUUGCAAUGACCACUUAUCAUUACUGAUCAAUUUUAUCAUUGCAAAAAUUAAAUUAAAAAUCACAAUUUCAGCUGACAUUUAAAAACGUGCAAUAAAGCGUUAUA